CCCUGAGGGGUCCCAGCCUGACGCUCACGCCUGGUCCCCUGCAGCCACCUGUGAUGCUGCCGCCCCCCGUCGCCCCGUGGCCCCACGAUGACCCACAGCCCCGCGACAAGCGAGGACGAGGAACCCCACAGUGUCAACGAGUAUCCCGAGGGGGGCUCAGAGUCCGACAGCUCCCCGGACGGGCCAGGUCGAGGCCCCCGGGGGACCCGGGGCCGGGGCAGCGGAGCACCUGGUAGCCUGGCCUCGGCCCGAGGCCUCCAGGGCCGAUCCAUGUCUGUCCCCGACGACACCCACUUCAGCAUGAUGGUUUUUCGGAUUGGCAUCCCAGACCUGCACCAGACCAAAUGCCUGCGUUUCAAUCCGGAUGCCACCAUCUGGGCCGCCAAGCAGCAGGUGCUGUGUGCACUGAGUGAGAGUCUUCAGGAUGUGCUGAACUAUGGCCUCUUCCAGCCCGCCACCUCAGGCCGUGACGCCAACUUCCUGGAGGAGGAGAGGCUACUGAGGGAGUACCCCCAGUCUUUCGAGAAGGGGGUGCCCUACCUGGAGUUCCGAUACAAGACAAGAGUUUACAAACAGACCAAUUUGGACGAGAAGCAGCUGGCCAAGUUGCACACAAAGACGGGAUUGAAGAAGUUCCUGGAGUAUGUGCAGCUUGGGACAUCUGACAAGGUGGCGCGGCUGCUGGACAAGGGGCUGGACCCCAACUACCAUGACUCGGAUUCAGGAGAGACCCCUUUGACUUUGGCGGCUCAGACUGAAGGCUCCGUAGAGGUGAUUCGAACCCUGUGCUUGGGCGGGGCCCACAUUGACUUCCGGGCUCGGGAUGGCAUGACAGCUCUACACAAGGCUGCCUGUGCCCGGCACUGCCUAGCUCUCACGGCACUCCUGGACCUUGGGGGCUCCCCCAACUACAAGGACCGUCGAGGACUGACCCCUCUGUUCCACACGGCCAUGGUGGGGGGUGACCCCCGUUGCUGCGAGCUGCUUUUGUACAACAGGGCCCAGCUGGGUGUAGCUGAUGAGAACGGCUGGCAGGAAAUCCACCAGGCCUGCCAGCGAGGUCACUCUCAGCACCUGGAGCACCUGCUUUUCUACGGGGCUGAGCCAGGAGCCCAGAAUGCCUCGGGGAACACAGCUCUGCACAUCUGUGCUCUCUACAACAAGGAGACAUGUGCCAGAAUCCUUCUCUAUCGAGGGGCGAACAAGGACGUGAAAAAUAACAACGGACAGACGCCUUUCCAGGUGGCUGUGAUUGCUGGGAAUUUUGAGCUGGGUGAGCUGAUUCGCAACCAUCGGGAACAAGAUGUGGUGCCCUUCCAGGAGUCCCCCAAGUAUGCAGCCCGGCGGCGGGGCACCCCUGGUGCAGGGCUGACGGUUCCCCCAGCGCUGCUUCGAGCCAACAGUGACACCAGCAUGGCACUGCCAGAUUGGAUGGUGUUCUCUGCCCCGGGAGCCUCAUCUUCCGGGGCCCCCAGUGCUACCUCAGGACCUCAGAACCAGUCACAGCCCCCAGCCCCCAGCACCAAGCUCAGCAGCGGGACCCUACGCAGUGCCAGCAGCCCCCGUGGGGCCCGGGCCCGCUCCCCGUCCCGAGGGAGGCACCCUGAAGAAGCUAAGAGGCAGCCUCGUGGGCGGCCCAGCUCCAGCGGAGCCCCCCGGGAAGGGCCAGCCGGGGGCACCGGGGGUUCCGGGGGCCCUGGGGGCUCCCUGGGCAGCCGCGGAAGACGGAGAAAGCUCUACUCAGCUGUACCUGGCCGGUCCUUCAUGGCUGUGAAAUCCUACCAGGCCCAAGGGGAAGGGGAGAUCUCCUUGAGCAAGGGCGAGAAGAUCAAAGUGCUCAGCAUCGGGGAAGGAGGCUUCUGGGAAGGCCAGGUCAAAGGUCGUGUUGGAUGGUUUCCCUCUGACUGCCUGGAAGAGGUGGCGAACCGCUCCCAAGAGGGCAAGCAAGAAAGCCGAAGUGACAAGGCCAAGAGACUCUUCCGGCACUAUACAGUGGGCUCCUACGACAGCUUUGAUGCCCCAAGCUUGAUGGAUGGGCUUGGCCCCGGGAGCGAUUACAUCAUCAAGGAGAAGACAGUUUUGCUACAGAAAAAAGACAGUGAAGGGUUUGGAUUCGUGCUCCGGGGGGCCAAGGCGCAGACCCCCAUCGAGGAGUUCACCCCCACCCCGGCCUUCCCGGCGCUGCAGUACCUGGAGUCAGUGGACGAGGGUGGUGUGGCAUGGCGGGCUGGACUGCGGAUGGGAGACUUUCUCAUCGAGGUGAAUGGGCAGAAUGUGGUGAAGGUGGGCCACCGGCAGGUGGUGAAUAUGAUUCGCCAAGGAGGCAACACGCUUAUGGUGAAGGUGGUCAUGGUGACCAGGCACCCAGAUAUGGAUGAGACUGUCCACAAGAAAGCACCCCAGCAGGCCAAGCGGCUCCCACCCCCAGCCAUCUCCCUUCGGUCCAAGUCCAUGACCUCAGAACUGGAGGAAAUGGUCUCCCCCUGGAAGAAGAAGAGUGAAUAUGAGCAGCAGCCCCCGCCGGUGCCCAGCAUGGAGAAAAAGCGGACGGUGUAUCAGAUGGCUCUCAACAAACUGGAUGAAAUCCUGGCAGCAGCUCAGCAGACAAUCAGUGCAAGCGAGAGCCCUGGGCCCGGAGGCCUGGCGUCCUUGGGCAAGCACCGCCCCAAAGGCUUCUUCGCCACCGAGUCAAGCUUCGAUCCCCAUCACCGCUCCCAGCCAAGUUACGAACGUCCUUCUUUCCUGCCUCCUGGACCCGGGCUGAUGCUUCGGCAGAAAUCUAUUGGUGCCGCGGAGGAUGAACGACCCUAUUUGGCACCGCCAGCCAUGAAGUUCAGCCGCAGCCUGUCGGUGCCCGGCUCGGAGGACAUCCCCCCGCCGCCCACCACGUCCCCACCCGAACCCCCCUACAGCACCCCGCCCGCCCCCUCCUCCUCCGGCCGCCUCACUCCCUCCCCGCGGGGAGCCCCCUUCAACCCGGGCUCCGGGGGUCCUCUCCCUGCCUCCUCCCCUUCGUCCUUCGACGGGCCCUCGCUCCCCGACGGCCGCGUGGGGGGCCGCGAGAAGAGCCUGUUCCACGGUGGGCCCCUGCCCCCCGCCCACCACCACCCGCCGCACCACCACCACCACCACGCGCCGCCGCCGCUGCCGCACCACCACCACGCGCACCCCCCGCACCCCCCGGAGAUGGAGACGGGCGGGUCCCCCGACGAUCCCCCGCCGCGCCUGGCCCUGGGGCCCCAGCCCAGCCUGCGGGGCUGGCGGGGCGGCGGGCCUAGCCCCACCCCGAGCCCGGGCGCCGCGUCGCCGUCGCACCACGGCACGGGCGCCCAGGCCCCAGCGCUGCGCUACUUCCAGCUGCCCCCGCGGGCGGCGAGCGCGGCCAUGUACGUGCCCGCGCGCGCGGGGCGCGGCCGCAAGGGCCCGCUGGUGAAGCAGACCAAGGUGGAGGGCGAGCCGCAGAAGGGCGGGCCCGCGCCCGCCUCGCCCGCCUCGCCUCAGCCGCCCGCCGCGCCCGCCGCCGAGAAGAACUCCAUCGCCAUCCCCACCAUCAUCAUCAAGGCCCCGUCCACCAGCAGCAGCGGCCGCAGCAGCCAGGGCAGCAGUACCGAGGCCGAGCCCCCCGCCGCGGCCGAGCCGGGGCCCGCGGCCCCCGGCCCCGCGCCGCCCGCCGCCACCGCCACCGCCCCAGCGCCCUCACCCGCGCCCAGCCCCGCCUCGCCCAGCGGCCCCGCCACCCUGGAUUUCACCAGCCAGUUCGGGGCGGCGCUGGUGGGCGCGGCCCGCCGCGACGGGGGCUGGCAGAGCGAGGCCCGCCGCCGCUCCACGCUCUUCCUGUCCACCGACGCGGGCGACGAGGACGGCGGCGGCGGCGGCGGCGGCGGCGGCGGCGGCGUGGAGCCCCCGGGCCCGCGGCUGCGCCACUCCAAGUCCAUCGACGAGGGCAUGUUCUCCGCCGAGCCCUACCUGCGCCUGGAGCCCGCGGGCUACGCGGCGGGCAGCCGGGCCUACGCUGGCGGCAGCGCCUUCUCCAGCGUCCCCGCGCCGCGCCCGCUGCUGCACCCGCUCACCGGCAAGGCCCUCGACCCCGCGUCCCCGCUGGGGCUGGCGCUGGCCGCCCGGGAGCGCGCGCUGAAGGAGUCUUCGGAGUCCCCGGCCCGGCCCCCGUCGCCGCGCUACGAUGCGCCGCCGCCCGCCGCGCACCACCACGCGCACCCCGAGCCCAUGCUGCGCCUCUGGGGCGCUGCCCCACCCGACACCGCCCGUCGCGAGCUGGGCUUCCGUUCCGGGCUGGGCGGGCCCGACAAGGCCAGCCCGCCCGCGGCCCGCCGCUCCCUGCUGCACCGCCUGCCCCCCGCCGGCCCCGGGGUCCCCGCGGUGCCCGGGGUCGGGCCUCUGCUGCUACAGCUCGGGCCUGAGCCCCCCGCCGCGCACGCGCACGCGCACCCCGCGGCCGGCAAAGCCUGGCGCUCGUCGGCGUCCGACGAGGCGGAGAGGCUGCCGCUGCACGUGCGCUUCCUGGAGAACUGCCAGCCCCGCGCGCCCGCGGCCGCCGACGGCCCGGGUGUGCCGCCGCCGCCCAGCCCGCGCCGGGCCGCGCCCGGCUCCCCGCGCGCCGGCCCCAGCGAGGAGAACGGGCUCCCGCUGCUGGUCCUGCCGCCGCCCGCCCCGUCGGUGGACGUGGACGACGGCGACUUUCUCUUCGUGGAGCCGCUGCCACCGCCCCUCGAGUUCUCCAACAGCUUCGAGAAGCCGGAGUCGCCGCUUACCCCCGGGCCGCCCCACCCCCUGCCCGACCCGCCGGCUCCCGUCGGGCCAGCACCCGCCGGGCCGCCCCCCAGCGCGGGCCCCGCCGGCCCCACGCUGGACUCCACCGCGUCCAGCCUAACGUCCUACGACAGCGAGGUGGCCACGCUUACCCAGGGUCCGCCCGCCGCUCCCGGGGACGCGCCGCAGCCCGGCCCGCCCGCCGCGGCCGCCCCGGCGCCGCCGCCCGGCCCAGCGCCCGGCGCCGACCCGCCCGCGGGCACCGACUCGGGCAUCGAAGAGGUGGACAGCCGCAGCAGCAGCGACCACCCGCUGGAGACCAUCAGCAGCGCGUCCACGCUCAGCAGCCUGUCGGCCGAGGGCGCGGGCGGCGGGGCGGCGGCGGCCGGCGGCCCGGAGCUCCUGGACACCUACGUGGCCUACCUGGACGGCCAGGCCUUCGGGGGCGGCGGGGUCCCCGGGCCGCCCUUCCCCCCGCAGCUCAUGACCCCCUCCAAGCUCCGGGGCCGGGCCCUGGGCGCCGGCGGGGUCCUCCGGCCCGGCCCCGGCGGCGGCUUGCGCGACCCCGCCACCCCCACCAGCCCCACCGUCUCGGUGACCGGGGCCGGGACCGACGGGUUGCUGGCCCUGAGCGCCUGCGCGGGUCCGUCCGCCGCCGGCGUGGCCGGGAGCCCAGGGUCGGUAGAGCCCGAAGCCCCACCGGUGCCCUUACCGGCUGCCUCCUCCCUGCCUCGGAAACUGCUGCCCUGGGAGGAGGGGCCCGGCCCCCCGCCGCCGCCCCUGCCCGGGCCCCUGGCCCCGCCUCCGGCCUCCGCCCUGGCCACGGUCAAAGCGAGCAUCAUCAGCGAACUGAGUUCCAAGCUCCAGCAGUUCGGGGGCUCCUCGGUCGCCGGGGGGGCUCUGCCUUGGGCUCGGGGAGGCGGCAGCGGCGGCGGCGGCAGCGGGAAUGGCCACCACGGGGGAGCCGGCUAUGUCCCGGAGAGGACCUCCUCUCUCCAGCGGCAGAGACUCUCCGACGACCCCCAGUCCUCCUCGCUCCUCUCCAAGCCCGUCAGCAGCCUGUUUCAGAACUGGCCCAAAACACCCCUGCCGCCGCUCCCCACGGGCACCGGGGUUCCCCCUGCAGGCGCCGGGGCCGCCGGAGCCACCUCCCCUACGGCCUCCGCGGCCUCCUCGUCCUCCCGCCACCUCCAGGGCGUGGACUUCGAGAUGCGGCCCCCCCUGCUGCGCCGGGCCCCGAGCCCCUCACUGCUGCCCGCCUCGGACCACAAGGUCAGCCCUGCGCCCCGGCCCUCGUCCCUGCCCAUCCUGCCGUCUGGACCCCUCUACCCGGGCCUCUUUGACAUCCGCGGCUCACCCACCGGAGGCGCUGGAGGCUCCAGCGACCCCUUCGCCCCCGUCUUUGUGCCACCGCACCCUGGGAUCUCCGGGGGGCUCGGAGGGGCCUUGGCUGGAGCCUCGCGCUCCCUCUCGCCCACCCGCCUGCUCUCACUACCCCCGGACAAGCCAUUCGGCGCCAAACCUCUGGGGUUCUGGACCAAGUUCGACGUGGCUGACUGGCUGGAAUGGCUGGGCCUGGCCGAGCACCGGGCCCGGUUCCUGGACCACGAGAUCGAUGGCUCUCACCUGCCCGCCCUGACUAAGGAGGACUACGUGGACCUGGGCGUGACCAGGGUGGGCCACCGCAUGAACAUCGACCGUGCGCUCAAGUUCUUCCUGGAGAGGUGAUGGACAGCCGAGGGCCCGCCCGGCCUCGAGACCCCACGACCCCUCCAGGGCGGGGAUCCUGUGGAAACUGCACCCUGCCCUGUCCCCCGAGGCCCCCUGAGGCCACGGGGGGACGACCUGGAGGCCGGACACUGCACCUCACAGGAGGGGGCA